AUGUCAGUACCAAAGAGCGGUAACCCCGAGCUACACUCGGGCUUACCAUGCGGCGCUGCUCAGGGGGUCCCUGCAGCACUUACCUUGUCCUUCGCUUCCGCGAUGUGUCCCCUGCAGCGUCCCCGGCCAUCUCCUUCGGCUGAUGCCGGCAUCCGGCAUCGGGAUGUACGGGCGCCGCCGGCGGUGGGAAAUUUGAAAAUUUAAAAAAAAAUGUCAUUUUUUUCAAAACGAUUUUACAUAUGCUCUGUCCUGUGCCCUGCCUGCAUUUUGAAUCUUCUUUCUAA